AUGGGUGAACUAGAUCAGCUGCGUCAAGAAACAGAACAGCUGAAAAGUCAAAUUAGAGAGGCACGGCGAGUUGCAGCUGAUACCACAUUACAACAGGCAACGGUUAAUGUGGAGUAUAUCAGUCGUACUCAGUUGCGCAGCAGACGGACAUUACGUGGACACCUGGCAAAAAUUUAUGCUAUGCAUUGGUGCUCAGAUUCCCGAAACUUAGUUUCAGCUUCUCAGGACGGGAAGUUAAUAGUGUGGGAUGGAUAUACUACCAACAAGGUUCAUGCCAUUCCUUUGAGAAGCAGUUGGGUCAUGACAUGCGCCUACUCUCCAUCCGGAAAUUAUGUAGCCUGUGGUGGUUUAGACAAUAUAUGCUCAAUUUAUAGCCUCAAGACUAGAGAAGGUAACGUUCGGGUUAGUCGAGAACUCCCUGGUCAUACUGGUUAUUUAUCAUGUUGUCGUUUCGUGAAUGAUAGUCAGAUAGUUACAACUUCAGGCGAUGGUACUUGCGCUCUUUGGGAUAUCGAGACGGGUCAGCAAAUCGCCUCAUUUACAGGGCACACAGGCGAUGUAAUGAGCUUAAGUUUAGCACCUAAUCUCCAAACAUUUAUUUCGGGUGCAUGUGAUGCUUCCGCAAAGCUGUGGGAUUUAAGAGAUGGCCAAUGUAAGCAAACGUUUCCAGGCCAUGAAUCUGAUAUCAAUGCUAUUAUCUAUUUUCCGAACGGGAUGUCAUUCGCGACAGGUAGUGAUGAUGCUACUUGUCGCCUAUUUGACAUACGUUCUGAUCAAGAAGUUGGGAUGUAUAGCCAUGAUAAUAUUAUAUGUGGUAUCACAAGUGUAGCUUUUAGUAAAAGUGGUCGACUUCUACUCGGUGGAUACGAUGAUUUUAACUGCAAUAUUUGGGACACAUUGAAACAGGAACGUUGUGGCGUCCUAGCGGGUCAUGAUAACCGCGUUUCUUGUCUCGGUGUUUCUGAAGAUGGAAUGGCAGUAUGUACGGGGUCGUGGGAUAGCUUUCUAAGAAUAUGGAAUUAA